AUGAAGGACUUCCUCAUCGAGCCCAGGCUCGAGGAACUCAAUCGAAAGCUGGCUGCCAGUACCACUGGCGACAACAAACGCGCAAAGCCGACGAUCAACUUUGUGUGCGAGAAGAUACUCGUGACCGACAGCAUCUCCGUCAAAGUCCGCUAUCCUGCUACCUUCUUAGAGAACAAGGAGGCCAAGGACGAGUGCGCUCCUGAUCGCCGCACUCGCACUCAGCGCUUCCUCCGCGUGGUGUCCAAGCCAAAGAGUGGCAGGUCCGGCACUUGCGAGUUCUACCCAGACGUUAUCGAUAUUGAGCACCCUACCAAUGUCGUCUCAAGCCCUGAGUCGACUCCUCCUACCACUUCUCCUGACGGCACACUCAAUAACGACAGAAGUGACUUCUGCAAUCACCGGACAGAUACCACAUCAUCUCCACGUGGCUUCCAACUUUUUUCCACCGCCAACACAACCGUACGACAUCUCAAAUCGAAACGGCCCUGUGCAACACCAACAAGCGUUGUGUCUCUAAUGCUUCGCAAUGUUAUACGCUGCCACCACGACACCCACGCACUCUACCUUAAACCCUAUCUCAAACAACUCGAAGCAGUGGUCCUGCGCGGUGUUGGAGAUUCCCUGCAAUUCGACAUCUAUAACGAAGAAUCCCUCGGCUACUUCCUUAGAAGCGGAAUCACCCGCUUUGGCUCAUACACAGAUGACUACGAGACUGGCUACUUCGAAGACGGCGCUGGACACUUCGCUUCAGGAAAGAUCAAGAGAGAAAUCAAGGAAGCAGUCGAGGCAAACGCUAUGGAACUCGUCAGUUGGGAGUUGAUGGAGCGCAUCAACAACGAGUUGGAGAGUGAGGUCGAGGACUUCCGCGCCCGUUCAGGAGGAGACGAGUCGGAGGAGGAAGAAGAAGAAGAAGAAGAAGAAGAAGAAGAUGAUGAUGAUGAUGAUGAUGAGAUGGACGAGGAAAUGGUUGAGUCGGGCACCACCGAUGACGAGAACGAGACUGAAGACGACUCAUCAUCCAACGUCGCUGCUGAGAGUUCUGAAAAUGAAGAAGAAGCCUCGUGCGUCACCUCCGAGGUUGAGGAGGAUGAGGAGAAGUAG